AUGCGCUACUCAAUCUGUCUUCUGGUCAGCCUGGCAUGUCUCGCUGUAUCAUCUCCUUCCUCAUCUCCACGACCGGCGCCAGCUACAUUUGGCAGUGAUGUUGAUUGUCCCUACCCAAAUGGCAAUUGCUACGAUGAUGAUUGCCAUGGAGAGCUGAGCGUUGAUCGUGUUACCUGUACAGAGGGUGCAGACAAAGGAUGUGGAUGUGGGUAUAAGUGUGGCGCAGUAUCUGGAAAAUGCAGUGAUAAUGAAUGCAACGGUGUGAAGGGCCGCUGCACAUACAACUAUCUCGGCUGCACCUGCGUUCUCUGA